AUGCGAGAGGGAAAAGGUUCCGACCCCUGCUACCCUGUGGGCUACGAGCGCGUGAAGAGCGGAAUCCGGCAAACCGGCAGCGGCGAUUCAACACAAUGUCGGACCAACAUUCGAUCCCUUCUCUUUCAGGAAACGACUGCUCCCGGACGCUAUGAGCAUGAGCUGCCUGUGCGAGGGCGCUUCGCAGCGACAGAGAACUUCUAUUACGUGCGGAAUGACUUGAAGCUUCCAAACAAGGAAGGCGUUUGCCCCACGGAAGCGGAAGCCAAGGAAGUCUGCGGCCUGAGUGUCACGGACUCGCCGGCAGACCGCGCCUGCUUCGCACUUUCGUAUCAGUUAGCAUUUCUUGGAGCCUUGGGAGCAGUCGAUGUUCCAGGUAUCGAGGUCGAGGUCCAGCGGAAGAUUAACGGAGGUGACAUCGACUGGGCCUUGGGAGCAGCAUUGGCCCACAUGCUCAGCUCUCGGGUGGAAACUCAAGGCUUUUCCAUGACGAUGUCCGUUGCCCUGACGCUGGUGGUGGCUCUGGCUUUGCUCGCAGCAGCCUUCUCCAUGGUUUGCAGGCCAACCGGAAUGGCCAAAGGCUACGACUCCACACCGACCCUCUUCGGCUCGAAAAGCACCGGGCUGGAGUGA